UAUUGUGCGAGACAGCCAAGCAGCAGGUAGGAAGGAAGGACGAAGAGAAGGAAAACACAAUAAUCCAUCCUUAACUCUCAGGCUAACACAAUCAACGAUGGCUGUCCUUUGAAAGCAUAAAGCAUAUUCCACCAUUCUAUGUCAACCUAUUCUCCACUUCAGCAAUGUCGUUCGUAUCAUCGGAAACGCCAAACGCAAUCGCGUCCUCGUCAACCGCCCAUGCUGGCUCUGCCAACUCGAGAGCAAGACACAGACUCGACAAUGGAUUACGAUAUCACUCUAACCAUUUAUCUAGUGAUUGUCGACCGUUGCCAAGAUCAGCGCCGCGGAAACAGAGGGUCGCCAGCAAGUCGAAAAAGCUCAGAUGGAGGAAAGGGUUGGUUACAGAGGCUUUCCGCAAGUUUGGCGAGCAUUGUGCAAGAAAUCAAAUACGAACACUUCUCAUUGACUGUCUUGUCAUGACCAAUUUGUUUUACCCUUCCCUGGCGCUGUAUCUCCCGAAAAGAUUUCCUCCGCCGAGCCCACGUGCUGUUCAGGACGCUCACUGGCCACCUUUGGACAAUGAUGUUACAUCGCCGUAUCGUACAAAUGUGGAUCAUCCGCUAUCUUUCUCUACUUUAGGGCGUCUUUUCCCCUCAGCUCCGCCUUUACUACCCCGUUUGACGUGGGCUGGUUGGUGGGGCAGCGGUACUCGGGAACGGGAGGAUGACGGAUGGACAGCAACAAGGGCCAUACCUGGCGCGAAAGAAAUAGGCGAAGGACAAAAUGAUCAGGUCUGGGUUAUGCGGAUUGGAUGGGCUGAUGUCGAGGACGUCCUCGAUCGACACAUUGAGGAUGGCGAGCGGAAGUGGGAAGAGAGAGAUCACCACCUCUUAAAGCUGGUACAAAAUGUGGCCGAAAAUUGGGAGAGACAAAUUCCUUCUAACAGACAGAGAUGCGUCCGUCAGCUCAAAUCGUCAACUUCUGUCAGAGGGGACGGUGUUGACUCAGAGCCCCCGCCCUGCUAUGUCCUGACGCCUUCUCCAGACGCUUUCGAUUCCGCGAUACCAAUAUCAAUGUCCGGCUUCGUUCAUUUUGACCAUGGAGUGUCAGCCUCACCGGAUAGCGUACCUUUAGGACGGUCUCCCAACCCAGACAACAUCUAUCACACUUUUGCAGCGUUGUUCCAUGUACCGCAAAAUUCAACCUCGGCAUUUGAACAACGGUGGCAGAGCGCCAUGUCGGAUGUUGCGAAAGAAGUAGAAGGAGAAGUAUUUGUGGAGGCCAAAGGACCGAGAGUCGGUGAUCAAAUUGGCGAAUGGUUUAUUUCUUACGCUUCUUCCCCUCUUUCUCAACAACCAAACUUAACUGGUCCGAUUUCAUCUGACCGUUCUAAAAUCUUUUCAUCGUCGCCUCCCCCGAUAAUCAUCGUUCUUUACGUUAUACUUUUCACCACGCUUAUCGUUCAACUCUCCAACGCCUCCAAAGCCCAUUCCCGAUUUGGUCUUGCUUUUACUGGCGUCGUGCAACUGUGCUGUUCAUCGGUUAUGUCUUUCAGUAUCCUGGCCCUUCUAGGUUGGAAUGGGUGGGGUGUACCUCAUGCGGAAAGUAGUUUGCCGACAUACGUCUUACCUUUCGUCAUUGUUGUAGUUGGUGCGGAGAACAUGUCGACCCUCACGCAAGCUAUAUUCUCAAUACCCUUCACUCAUUCGGUUCCCGUAAGAAUAGGGCUUGGUCUGAGCAAAGUUGGAACUACCAUUGCACUCACUUCCCUAACGGAUCUUGGUAUCCUGAGUGUUGUCUGGCUCUGUGUCAACCUUCAGCCUGUUAGAGAGUUUUGUCUUUUUGCGGCUGUUGUGAUCGUGACCGAUUGGUUCAUGCUUCACACAUUCUUCUUGACUGUCUUGUCUAUCGAUGCGCAGAGACUCGAGCUAGCGGAUGUUUUGGCGUCUAACAAGGUCGGCAUGGUUUCACCGGUGGAAUCUACGGGGGAAAAAGAUGCUCAGAAUGAAAAUCAAGGAUUCCUAUGGCGAAAUAUGCUGAGGGCUAGGACAACUAAAAGUGGAAGUUUGUUACUAUUGCUUUUUACUGUGGGACUUCUAUAUUGGUUGACUGAACGUCAUCGUUCACCCCUCAACACCACUGCUAGUCUUUACGGAUAUACACCUACUGCCCGAUCUACUUCUGUCAGUGUCCCCACUCCAACGGCCUCUCCUUUCGUUAGUACCCCUGAAGCAAUUUCCGUGUUGUCGUCUGCGGAAAAACUUUGGCGCGCCCUCAACCCAGAAGGAUGGCCGUUCGCACAUGUCAUCGUCCCCCCCGCUUCGAUACUUGUACUUCCCAAAUUUGGGCAUUCUAUGCGACCAGGAGACAUUCGCAAACUCUCACUUCCAGCCAGCCGUCUCCUUAUCCCUCGACUGAAAGCUCUUUUCUACAUCUUCAAGGUGCUGGUUCUUCCACAGGCGAUUACAGCUGGCGCCUUGUAUGCGCUUUUGCUGUACCUGCUCAAAGAUGCUGAUCUCCUUGACGCUCAACGGAACCGACUAGGGAGGAUGGGUGACGCGCAUGAGGAUGAGUCUGACUUCCGGGGGUCGACAAAGAAUGCUAGCGGUUUGUUGAACUGUCUCCGAGCACGAAUGCUACCGUGCAGCCAUGAAGCCGAUGUGGAUGUCAUCGCAUCGAGCUCUGACGGACGCAUUGCUAUAUCAGUGGCCAUUGAUAACUCCGUAUGUCUUUGGAGGUUUUUAGAUACCCCUGGAAGUGGAACUCGCGAACCUCUGCCAACGGGUGGACUAGAUGGUGGAGACGCUAUUGUUGCAGCUGCUGUGAGCGAGGAUGGCCAGCAUGUUGCAGUGUGUACCAACAUGGCAGUGGUACAGAUAUGGGAAGUGCCCAGAGAGGGUGCGGUUGUGCCCCUGCAAGUUCGGAAGCCUGAGCAAACCUUCACCGCGAAGAUUUUGGGAAUAGCGUUCGAUGAAACUGCCCCCAAUGUCGAUGACCCUUUCACGGCUAAUGAACCGGCGACUGAGGAAGCGCGCAAGGCAACUUCUAUCAUGAUCGGAUAUGGGGACGGUUCCGUUAUGGCCUUAACCGAGAUGGACGCCAAGGUGGUCAUUCCUGCACAGGAUAGGGGUGCCUAUUCAUCUUGUCGAGUCCUUUUCAUGAGAGAAAUUGGCGGCUCCGUAAGCAUCCUAAUCGCUAGACAACAUGACAUUGACAUCUGGCGAAAAUCUACAUUCGGAUGGGUAUCGUCCUCUCUUAUUGCUGAUCUUCCCGGCGAAGACCGUGUUACUGCUCUUUCACCCCUCAACGCCGAGUUGCCGGGUGUCUUUGCUGUCGGCCGUCGCUCUGGUAAUAUCACGAUCUAUGAUGAAUCACACGGUCAGCUGGAAUUGAUGCCGCAAGGUUCGUCUAUAGAAGGUGUGCGCAAGAUCCAGCUUGUAAGGCCUUCAAGCAUGAAGUGUUUAGGGUGUGGCCUUCAGUCUGCGGAGGGUUACGCAAUCAUCUCGUCAACUUCGUCCCAAGUGUCCAUCGAUCGUAUCGCGCCUCGUACUUCAAUCCCGACAUUCUGCCGUUGUACACGACGGGUAUCGUCUGCCGAUGAUGUCCCUGCUCUCAUGCAUCGCUCGGACUCGCCACAGCGUAGUAAACCCAAUUCUCUUAUCGUCCCUCCUGUUACCUUUCGCCAGCGCCCUACACCUGGAUCAUCCCCUCAUAAGUCAAUCUCUCUACUCUCUCCUGUCUCAAACGGCGAAUUUCCGCUUUCCUCCCACGGCUCUGCUCGCCGAUCGAGCAAUUUUCAUAGAGAAGAUGAUUCUCUCAAAAUAAUAUCCUCUCCUCACGAUCGCUCUGCCUUGUCUAGCAUAGGUGGAGGCAGCGGCCUGGUCUCACCAAGUGGUGACAUGGAAGUAACAUCUCUGGGGGGCAUCAGUGCUCAAGGCGCGAGCGAUGGCGGCUGGGCGAUACUCGAUGGGGAUGUGCUAGUAGGUGUCAGGAGAGGGCGGGAAGGCAUCGACGAUGCGCAAUGGCAGGUCUGGAGCGUAGACAUGACCGCACCAUGGGACAUGGCCGGCUUGGUCGUGGAUAGCAUUGACUUGUCAGAGCUUCAACGGCGAACAUUCGAGGCUGAUUGUACUAUCCGAGGGCAGGCAUCUGGAGGCGGAAGCACCAAUGGAGUUGUGUCGAUGCGUGAUAGAAGAACUGAAAGACUUUUGAGUCUAAAUGGGCGAGCGAGCUUUCCAGAGCGGGUGGGUUCAUUCGCUGUGCCCACAUAUGAGUCGCUAGGCUAUGUUGAAGUCGUGGGGCUGAACAUACUGGGUACGAAAGGGAUGAUAGGCGGGUUUGGGAAUAGAUUGGGAACGAUUAGCCUUGAGAGAUUUGAAGAAAAGAAAGUUAUAGGGAGGAGUAGCAUGGAUGGCCAGCUGGGGAUGGGGCUGGGAGGACUGACGCCCACUCGGAGGCAGUCAUUGUUUCCCCUCACGCCCCCACCGCCCUGUGACGGUUCCAUCGGAAGAUUCUAGAGUGGAUGUAGAAUCGGAGUGGAGGCAACGGAAGUAUUAGAGCCAAGGAGCCGUUAUUAGUUUAGGUCUUCUAUAUAUCCCUCAAUGCAAGUCCGGGAGUAAAUACCCUCCAUGUCAUUGUAUUAUAGACAGUAUGCG